AUGACAGGAGUAUAUAAAGGCAGCUUGAGCUUGCUGCCCGUAGGGGAUGGGUACGGGACAGUUACAUUCCUCCCACAGUACUUCACCGCCGCGUUCGAUACUCCAGCGCAGCUAUAUCAAGGAUUAUCAGAUACUACCACCAUUACAAUGGCCGCCUUCUACAGAGAUAUGCGCGUGCUUGGUGUAGCCCUCAAUAGAAUCCACGCCCAUUCAGAGAGGCGCGGGCCGUUAAUAACCAACUCGCUUCUAGCACACUACUUUUCAAGCACAGCGGGGUUUGGCGUCGGGCCCCCGAACACCAUGAAGGCUCCUUACGUUGUGCUCAGACUCACCGAAGCCGAAGAGCGCCUGGCCAACAAGCCUCGAUUUGUGGAGCACGUGUUUGUCGAGGACACGGAAGCAGGCGCUCCGUUGAUACCCUCGAUGGAACAAUUGUCGAGAUGCGCGGCGGCCAUGCGCCACGACGACAGAUGCUUUGCGGCCGUCUUGGAGGGCACACGUAUCUCGUUCUGGGAGUAUUUCAACCCCGCGCAUUUCAGUACGGUCGAGACCGACUUCCACUCGACGGCCGUGCUCGAUCUGGAGGGCGGCGGAGACGGCAAUGCGGCAAUGGGAGUGGCUUGA